AUGGCUGCAAUUCCAGAGUUGGGAGCAGGCAUAUUGGCUCGGGUUGAGGACUUUGCAUGCACAGGAGCAAAGGUGCGAAGGCAGAGACAAGCCAUCACCUCCGGCUUUGGAGCUGUGACCCAGCGCACCAGCUGUGGCACCAGGAUAUCCGGGUUCGGCAGCACCAUCUCAGCUCCCUUCACAUCUAUGGUGUCUGCAGGCCCCACUGGCAAUGGGGGCUUUGGGACAUGCGUGCCUGCCCCCCACAGCAGCCCCUCCACUUCGGCAUUUUGCUGUGGGUCAGGACAGAGUGGGAGAACUCAUCUGAAGAACCCUUUUUGGGGAGCCUUAAAACCUAGCUCCCUGGGUACAGCUGGCCAGAGCACACCCUCUUCCUUCCACAUGGCCAGCAUAGCCCAGAGCACGUCUGAGAUUGCAGCCAUCACCUCAGCCUUUGCAGCUAUGACCCUGACCAGCAGCAGCGGGACCAGUACAACAGGGUUUGGCAGCACUAUCUCACUGCCCUUCACGUCCAGGGUGUGAGCAGGUCCUGCUGGCAGUGGGGGCUUCAGUAUGAGCAUGGCUGCCCCCCCACAGCAGCUCCACCACUGGGACAUUCAGCUGUGGGUUAGGACGGAGUGGGAGAACUGGUUUCAGGAUCCCUUUCUGGGGAGCCUUGAAUCCGAACUCCCUGGGUGCAGCUGGCCAGAGCACACCCUCUCCCUUCCACAUGGCCAGGACGCCUCAGAACACAUCUGGGA